AUGGCUACCCCGCCUGUACUAGCUUUCGAUGCUGAGGGCCGCCCAGUGAAGUUUGAUACUUGGCUUGAUGACCUGCACCUCUUCCUACAGCUCACUGCCAAGGAGGAUAUCUCACUGUAUGACCACGCCCUCGGCCAUGCUCCUGCCCCUGCUACUGAUGCUGACAGCACUACCCGCUCACAGUGGCAGACUCGUGACGCCCACGCUCGCUUUGCCAUCCGCAACUCCCUGCCGUUAGAUGAGCGCGAGCACUUCGGCCAGUGCAAGACUGCUAGAGACCUCUACACCGCUGUAGUUGCCCGUUACUCCUCACCCGCUUCUGCUACGCUAGGCCGCCUCACUCUUCCCUACCUGUUCCCCGACCUAGCCUCCUUUCACACUGUCGCAGACCUCAUCACCCACCUUAAGACUAGUGAGGCCCGCUUUCGCGCUGCUAUGCCUGCCGAGUUUCUCACUAGCAACCCCCCCCCGCUCUGGAUCACUCUCUACCACAUCGUCACCCGCCUCCCUGACUCUCUGCGCGCAGCACCUCUCGUGGCGACCCCCGCACCCCGUUCUUCGAGGGGUGUUCCCCUUCCCCCCUCCUCCCCUCUGUCGCCUCUGCUGCUGCUGUCGACCUUCUUGGUGCUGAGAAGGUCGGGACCGCGUCUGCUUCGAGCGGGCGCCGCAGGGGCAAAGGGGGCAGGGGCGGGGGUGGCGGCGGAGGAGGUGGGGGUGGAGGCGGUGGGAGUGGAGGCGCGGCUGAGGAGGCUAGUGGCGGUAGUGGGGGAGGCGACAGCAGCGGCGGGAGUGGUGGCAGGGGCGGAGGCGGCAGCGGAGGCGGAGGUGGUCGUGGUGGCGGCAGGGGUGGAGGUGGCCGGGGCGGAGGCGGAGGGGGUGGUGGUCAUGAACGGGGGCACUGGCGGAGGGCAGAGUCAGCAGCCAGCCCCGACGCUUCAGGCCGCCCGUGAGUGGUAUGCGCAGCGUAGCGUUACCUGCACACUUUGA